AUGUCGGACGAAGAGAAUCACAAUGACAAAAACAUCCGUGGAUCGCAAACAGUCGUGAUCGAAUCGGCAUCCAGCAAGCCAGUACAUAGGCAACCCGCCAGCUCAGCUGCCGAGGCUCCCACUCCAAGUCAAAAAGUCGUGCCAACUAUAAUAAAUAUGUCUUCUGAGAGGCACAAACACGUUGCCAAGAACUUGUCUGCAAGCAUACCGUCUAAGACACGAGACAGUUCACACAUUGGAAUACCUAUGGGACCCAUGGACACGGGUUUGAAGAGGGAUGAAGUAGUGGUGAUGACAGCUCCCGUAAAACCAGUGCCUGUUCUGGGGAAGGCUGCAUCUCCUAUCCCCAGCUCUCAUGUCAAAGAUGACGAGAAGGCAGAAGUGGACUCAAUAACUUCAGAGAUUACUGAAUUGCGGACCCCGGAAGUUGUAAAGAAAACUCCAGAAUGGUCUGACGAAGAAGAGGCGAGCGGGCUGCCGCGCAACGAGUCGCGCGCCUCCCGCACUUCGCGUGGCUCUCGCGUCUCUCACGUCGUGCGCCAGUUCUUCUGCUGCGGAUUGCAGAUCGAGGCGCCCUCUGAGGAAAACGUGUCCUCACCGCGAAAUGAUAUCCGCCAUAGCGGCAUAUAA